GGAAAAUGAGGCAUCAAUUGGAUGCUCUAAUUGUUUGCCUAAGAAGGAUACUCAGAAGUCUAGAAAUAAAUCUGCUCUUACAGAGGAAGGUUUAGUUAGUUGAUGGCCCUCUAGACUACAACCAGCACACCCUCACGAAAAUUGGCAUGUGUAGACUAGCGAUACUAGAGAUGAACUUCCUUUGAAGCUGCCAACACCAACACUCAGUUUUUAUCCUUCAUCUUCAGUUUCACGUGCUCCAACUCGUCUCCCUACCACUUCAUUCAUCAACUAGUACAACAUAAAUGGAAAAUAUAAUGCUUUUCUAUAAUCAUGGUGGUCAUGAUUAUGGUGAUCAUGAUGGUGCCGGGCAUGUUAAUGAUCAAAAUGGUGAUGCCCAUGGUUUCUACGCACUGCCGACACACCGAAUGGACUCCCUAAAGUCAAAAGAAAUGAAACUUGAAGGACAGCAAACGACAUCGUUUUUGACAAUCGAACGAGAAUUGAUAGUAGCAAAGGCAGAUUCACACAUCUUCCCAACUCCCAACCGUCAUAGCCCCAAAAGCAAAAGAAAGAGGCAACAAGAAUCACAAAUAUUUUGGUUAAGACUUAAGAAUAAAAAAUAAAUGUCUGUUGCAGUCCUACUGACUUCACGAAAAGAAAACCCUCCAACUUCCCCAGCUGUGUUUAUGUGUCGU